GCAAAGCCUUACAACUUUUCUUCCUCCUACACAAUUUCAACUUGCCUUGGCAGAACAUUAUUAUGGCCAAGUCUUUGCUCUUCCUCCUGUCUCUUUCUCUCCUUGCAUUUGCUCCACUUUGUUUCUGUCACACCAAUAAUUACAAUCAUGGUGGCUAUCUCUACCCACAGUUCUAUGAUCACUCUUGCCCCAAAGCUCAACAGAUUGUGCAGUCGAUUGUUUCCAAGGCUGUUGCAAGAGAGGCGAGAAUGGCGGCUUCUUUGCUUAGGCUGCACUUCCAUGACUGCUUUGUCCAGGGUUGUGAUGCAUCAAUCCUUUUGGACAGUAGCAAGAACAUAAUCACCGAGAAGACGUCUAACCCGAAUCGGAAUUCAAUCCGGGGGCUUGAAGUAAUUGAUGAGAUCAAAGCUGCGAUAGAAAAGGAAUGUCCCAGCACUGUGUCUUGUGCUGACAUUGUGGCUCUAGCUGCUAGAGACUCCACUGUUUUAGCUGGAGGACCACACUGGGAAGUCCCACUAGGAAGAAGAGACUCCAAAAGCGCGAGUUUAAGCGGCUCGAACAAUGACAUCCCUGCUCCAAACAACACAUUCCAAACCAUUCUCACCAAGUUCAAGAGGCAAAAGCUUAACAUUGUUGAUCUUGUUGCACUAUCUGGAAGUCACACAAUUGGAAAUGCCAGAUGCACCACUUUCAGACAGAGACUUUACAACCAAACUGGAAGAGGGCUUGCUGACUUCACUCUUGACCAGUCACUUGCUGCAAGUUUGAGGAACAAUUGCCCAAGAUCUGGUGGAGACCAGAACCUGUUCUUCCUGGACUUUGUGAGUCCGACAAAGUUUGACAACAGCUACUUCAAGAACUUGUUGGCUUACAAGGGCCUGCUUAACUCUGACCAAGUUCUUGUUACAAAGAGUGAAGUAGCAAAGCAAUUGGUUCAGCAAUAUGCAGAGAACAACCAGCUUUUCCUAGAGCAAUUUGCCAAGUCCAUGGUCAAGAUGGGGAAUCUUUCACCAAUUACAGGUUCAAGGGGAGAGAUCAGAAAGAAUUGCAGGAUGGUCAACUCUUGAUUACACUGUGAUUUCUGGGUCACUGGAAAUUGAUCACAUGUAGCACUUGAUGAUCAUUAUGGGUGUUCUAUUACCUUCUCUUUGUUUUUGAUGUUCUUAUUUCCAGUCAUUAGCUUUUGUAUCAGCCAGCAGAGAUGUACUUUCUUUACUCUUUAGUAUUCUCAUUAAUAAAAAUACUGUUUUGAAAAG